CUGGGGACAUCAUCAUUGGAGGACUUUUCCCUAUUCAUUUAGAAAGAGGCAGAUGCAACCCAACAAAGAUGCCCUGCUGUGCUCAGUACAGUGUCCAAAUGUUCCUUCGCAGUCAAGUGAUGGUACAUGCCAUCCAAGAAAUAAACCGGCGCACACCGAGAGUGCUGCCGGGCCUCACCCUCGGUUAUGAUAUCUAUGACACAUGUGGAGAUGUCAGCUAUGCCAUCCGAGCAGCUCUGGAGCUGUUGGAGAAGGAGCCGGACACUCAGACGUGUCUUCUACCUUCAAAGUUCUACUCAGCCAUGCCCGAGCCCAGGGCCAAAGUGGUGAUUGGGGAAAGAUACUCUGAAGUAUCUAUAGCUGUCGCACGGAUCUUUACUUUGUCUUCAGUUCCCCAGAUUAGCUAUGCGUCAACGAGUGAACUUCUCAGCAAGAAGUUCAAGUUUCCCACUUUUCUGCGAACUGUUUCCAGUGACAAAUUUCAGACAAAAGGCAUUUCCACCAUGAUUAAGAGCUUUAACUGGAAAACGGUGGCCAUCAUAGGAAGUGAUGACGAGUAUGGGAAAUACGGCAGUGACAGCCUCGACGAAACCUUAAGAGGAAUGCAAGUCUGCAUUGAGUUUGUGGAGAUUCUCUCAGGCGACUUUACCCGCACCAAUAGCAAGCUGCCAGAGCUGAAGAGCAAGCUGGAAAAAUCCGUGGCGGAGGCCAUCAUCUUGUUCACAAAGGACGCCAAUGUGGAAGUCAUCAUGGAGUUAGCGAUCGAACGGAAUCUCAACAGGACCUGGAUAGCAAGUGACACAUGGUCCACCUCUGACCGGAUCUUCAGGUUAGAAAACAUCCAGCGGGCUGGGCAGGUCUUUGGGUUCAUCUUCAAGAGAAAUGAGGUGCCUGGUUUUAAAGCCCAUGUCACCUCAAUGUUCGACAAUGGGAUCAACGCCAUCAUCCAGAAUCACAUGACUCGCUACCCACUCUGCUCAGACCAAUCUGAGGAGGAAACAGCCCGUAACUGCUCCGGGGAGUGUUUGGAUCCCCUUUGCUUGGCUUCUUUUAUCGACCAGGAUGAAUCUUACAGCAUUUAUUUAGCUGUUCAGGUUGUGGCCGAGGGCCUCAGACAACUGCUGAAAUGUGAUAGCCAACGGUGUGAACGCAACACCAAUUUCACAACCUCCGAGCUUCUGGAGGAACUCAAGAAAGUCAACUUCACAGUGAACAACACACAGUUGUACUUUAACGAUGGAGACCCCAGUUUAGGAUACGACAUCGUCUACUGGAACACGUCCAAUAAGGACGUCAAAAUACAGACCAUCGGAGAGUACUGGCCAAAUGGAUCAAUCCAACUGCCAGAAGCUCUUCUGCAAAGAAUGAACAAAGUCGACGUGACGCGUUUCAACUGCUCCAAAACAUGCAACCCUGGAGAGAUGCUGAAACAAACUGGGACAAAGUGCUGCACCCAAUGUUUCAGAUGCGCAGCUAAAGAGUUUUCCCCUGGAAAUGGUACGGUGUGUAAAAAGUGUGGCGAUAACCAGCACUCCCCGGAUGUUGUCAGGGACCGGUGCUUAAACAACACUGAUGACUUUCUCCAGUGGUGGGAUCCCUUCUCCAUCAUCCUGAGCUGUUGGGCCGUCUGUGCCAUAAUCGUCACAAUAGUGUUUACUGUUGUCUUCUUUCACUUUCGAGCCACGCCCAUUGUGAAGGCGGUUGGAGGUUACUUGUGCUUCCUGGAGCUGGUGUCCCUCCUUUCCGGUUUCUGCCUCGUAUUUACCUUCCUGGGAAAACCCCAGACCGACUCAUCUUGUGUCGGCCUCCCUCUCUUUGGGAUGUCCUUCUGUGUCUGUAUCUCCUGCAUUUUGGCCAACCUGCUCCAGAUCUGGGUGGGCUUCAAAUUCGACCUGGAGGCUCGUUCCUGGGUCAAGAGGCUCAACCAGCCGUUGGCCAUCGUGCUGGUCUCCUCUGGAAUCCAGCUGGCUCUGUCGGUGUCCUGGCUGACCGUGACACCUCCCGUUCUUACCAAGAAUCCGGAAGAGCGCACCACUCUGCACCAGUGCGACAUCGUGUCUGAGGGCUUUUUCUUUUCCGUGAUCGCGUACGAUGCUUUCGUGGCGAUUCUGUGUUUUCUGUUUGCCAUCAAAAGUAAAAAAUUGCCAGAUUUGUACAAAAACGCAGAGUUGGUCACCGUGGCGAUGGUGCUGUUUCUUAUCAUUUGGAUCAUCUUCCUCCCGCUUUACGUCACCCUGAGGGGGAAGUACACGCCCGCCAUUCAGUGUGCGGCCAUCCUCAUUUCGUGUUCCAGCAUCCUUGGAUGCCACUUGGCCCCCAAGUGUUACAUCAUGAUAUUCAGGAAGGAGCUCAAUAAUGAGAAAGCCAUAACUGAGUACAUCAGGAAGCACUACGCGCAAAAGGGCAUCGCAGUGGUGCGGUCAUGAUGUCAAAUGGUUUGAGGCAGUUACCUCUUAAAGGAACGAUUAUAGUUUGUUUCUUUUCAGCUGCAGUGUGAACUGUGUAAAUUUAAAUGGUUUAAAUGUUGCAUGUUAUAUAACUACAAGAACUAA